GCGUUACUAGUAACCCGGCGGUUUGGCGUGGGUUUGACGUGUUACUAGUAACCCAAACCCAUGGGUUACUAGUGGGCGUGGGUUUGGCGUUUAGCGAGGGCUUGGUGUGAGUUUGGGUUACUAGUAACGCCCAGUAACCCACAUGAACCCCUUAAAGGGCAUUUCAGAGGGCGAGCAAUUUCUUGCACCCACAGUCCUGUCGCAAUCAACUCACACUCGAAGCUCCAGGCGCCACGCAAAGGACGGAUGGAUUCGCGUCGAUCCUCAAACUCCGCCAGGAUCCGAACUUGGUGGCACAGAAGCAGGCGGGUGGAUUUGUAACGGGUGGAUGGCGUUGGCACAGAAGCAGGCGUUGCUCGGGCGCGCCGCAUUUUGGGGCGCCGAUGAACGAAGAGCCGCGGCACACCGGAAAUGGACCCGGCCAGCGACACCCCACUUGCGACACGUGGCACGACAUGAUGAUAAUGAUGACGACGGUGAUGAACACGAUGAUGGUGACGAUUACGGUGGUGAUGUUGAUCUGGGCCACGAUGUCGCUGACGAUGAUGACGAUGUUGAUGACGACGAUGAUGUCGAUGAUGACGUUCGUGAUGAUGAUAAUUGUGAUGACGACGAUGAUGACGACGAUGAUGACGAUGUUGAUGAUGGCGUUGACAACGAAGAGGACGAUGGUUGGGGUUUUGAUGACGGCGACGAUGUCGCUGAUGAUGAUGAUGUUGUUGACGACGUUGAUGAUGUUGAUGAUGAUGUCGAUGGUGAUGACGAUCUUGAUGACGUUGACGAGGUUGAUGAUGAUGAUAAUGUUGAUGAAGAUGAUGAUGAUCACGAUGACAAUGAUGGUAAUGAUGAUGAUGAUGAUGAAGAUGAUGACGCUGAUGGUGGUGGCGACGAUGAUGGUGAUGAUGGGGGCGAUCAUGAUGAUGAUGAUGGCAAGCAAGAAUCACGGGCCCGCUCGCGAGGAAAGAACGAGCGGGAAUCAGAAGGGGACACAGAAACCAUGUGGCCCAAUGUCACUGACAUCCUUCCCCUCCGUCCUCGCAACUUGAAACAGGUGGCGCGACGCGGCCACUCCCAUGGGCCGGCAAACAUGCCUGACACGUGGGCAGGCAGAACAACACUUUACCUUCAAGAGGGCACAGCUCACACGAUGGCUCUGCUCUUUGGCGGCUCACAGUUCUUCGAGGAGGCGCAGUUCUUCGACGACGGCGAAGCGCACACGAUGGCGCAACUGUUCGACAUGGGUUCAGCCCAAACGGAGAAGUUCCUUUCGCAAGUUCUGAUCCCGGCGAAUUUGCCAAGAUCGGAUCCCGGCGAAUGGAGCUGUCUUCCUUUCACAAUGCAUGUGGCAGGAGAUGUUCCUGCUGGCCGUGGAUCAGAACCUGCCGUGCACGGUUCCUCAGACAAUUGUCAAUUUCAGAUCACGGCGGACUGCGGAUUCGAUAAAAUGCAAAGUCCGCUGAGAUCCGAACUUCCGGUGCACGGUUCGUCGGAAAACCGUCGACUUCGGACGCCGGCGUGCUUCACCUUUGGGGUGGUGCGGGUUCUGACUGUGGACUUCCCGGCGACCGGCUGCGUGAUGGAGGGGACCUUCUCGACACCACGCAUCUUCGAGUCGAUCUUCUCGAGACCACUGACCAUGAGUGUCGAGACGCACAUUCGCUUAGCACAACCUUUUCGUCCUUGUGCGAAAUCCGUGUGGCAUUUCAACGGUGUGACGACGAUCCACGGAGCGACCGCAGAGGACUUCGACGAGGACCCAUGGAUGACCGUCGUUCCGUGCAGGGACGCGCAUCUUGACGACUGGGAUGUGGGCAAUUGGGCCAGUAUGGAGAGUCACUGCCCUGGGGCAAGCCAGUACAAGUUCGCGAGUAUGUUGGAGUUCGGGGACCUAAUCCCGCUGCCUGACGCUGUCCUCAGACACAAGUUCCUCAACCAUAUGCGGAAAGCACUAAGCUGCAUUAGCCGCUAUUUUAGUCGCCUCGAGAGCCACAACGUCAGGUCGUCGCCACGAACUUGGGGUGGCUCGCGGAAACAAGAGUUGGUGGACUGCGCUCGUCGCUGCUCGUUGCUGGACCAGUACCCGCUCCGUUGCCCCGGGAUUUCUCCACGAGCUGUGUUGUACUGUUGUGUGCGGUUGACUGUGUCCGGAUCUGAUUUCGCCAGAGUUCUGUGUGUCACUGCUUCGAACAAGAGCAGGAAACUCGUCGACGCAGUUGUGCUCGUGUCGCGCAACGAGGUUGUGAUUGAAGGGUCCAAAUUCGUGCCGAUGCGUGGGCCUGAACGUGUGGAUGGGUGGCCAGAUUUGGUGAUAGCAGUGCAGCAGCCCUGUGGUCAAGUGAUCUUCGUCGAAACCAACAAGCGGCGUAGAGUUCUGGGGGCAGUCUUGCGGUGGGAGAAUGCGAAAUGCAGUCGUCGACGGUUUUACAUGAAAAAUGUGUACGGUUCGAAGGGGAACGUCGUCGCCGGUGCCAAGGGGGCAGUUCUCGACAUGUGUCUGUUCGAGGGGUUCGGAGCGGGUGCUGCGAACACCCCGUUCUACAACGACCUCUGGAGGCAUGGCGGGUUUGUUUUGGGUCGCGAGUUCUUCGACCUGUUGGAGGACAAGGGCAUCGCCCUCGAUGUCCCUUGCGAAGUCGGUCCCGACCUGGAACUGUCAAUACCUUUGCAGCCGUGCGGCGGUUGUGAGUCGAGCGGGGCAGCGGGGGAGGGGGGGGAUCUGGGUUCCGGGGAGGCUACACAUGUGCAGCGGGAGGAUGCCAGAGGUCAGUUUGACGACAGCGAAGAUGAGCUGACACCGCGUCCGCCGUUUUCGCCGUCGAGGGAAAGAGACAGGUCUGUGCUGUCCAUACCUGGGGUCCGGCAGCAGACCGCAGGGGAUCCCGGAGAAGAGGGAGUCCUGUGUGGGUCUGACUUGGAGCCCGCCGAGGGCCAUGGCGAGGAUUGCGAGGCCGCCGGCUCCCCGUCGUUGGCGAAGUUGGGAAAGCUCAGCGUGCAGGACAUGGUGCAGCUGGUGAAGUGCGACCACGUGCUGGUCCGGUUGUGGAAUUACUACCAAUUCAAGCACGAGAAGAGGUCGGACGCGGACUGGAUCCAAAGGUACCCUUUCCUUAAAUCGAGGUCUGCCAUGUUCAAGAAGUUUGAAGGUCAGGGAUUGGAUGACGAGUUGUGGGAUAACAGCAGGAAACUCGUUUCCGACUCGGCGCUAUUCAAGGACUGCCCGCCGUACAUGGGUUGCGACCACGACAACUCGAUUGAGGCGACGGAGAAGUUGGCGGGCCACAAGAAGUUGUCCGUCGACUGGAGAAACAAGGUUCUCUCCGUGUUGAAUGGAAGCAGACUGAAAAGUCGGGAGGUCGCACUUGCCGAAAGCGUCGUUCACAUUAAAUGGAAAGACACGGGGGACGUGACAUCCAUCGCGCCGUUCGCUAACGACCCUUUAGAAGCGGACAUCAGGGGCGCAGAGCUGAAGGAGGCAGUGGCUGCCACAAAGAGCCACACGUUCAUCCUCAAUCUGUGCGAGCCAGUUGACCUCAAACUGUGGAAGCCCCAAGCGUGGGAGACUUUGAAUUCCUAUCUUCAGACGUGGUGUCCCUCGCAUUGGACUCUCGUUGUUUUCGUGCCGCGGCAGCACAACCUGUCGUUUCUCGCCAGCAUGCACCAUCUUUCUUUCGUCAAGCUGUUGGAAGGGAAGUGGGUGAGGAUACUUCAGCAAAAGAAAAGCUUCCCCGUUGGGAACAAUUUGUACACGGAGGAAGACCGCAUGUACAUCCUCUUCAAGGGUGACGAUCUGCGCGCCAACAUGUCCGUGGUCUACGAGGGAAACCUGCCCACGGGUGCCGCUGCUGCGGUGCGAUUGCCUCAGAGGGUCACCCAGACGGAUGUGUCCGAGAUUCCUUUCACGCCUUGCGACUGGUCGCUGGUGGCGCCUGAACGACAGGGCUGCGUCUACGGGGAUAUGGAACGCAAUCCGACCCAAUUCGUCGGUCUUCUUGAUUUUCUUGGCAAGAAGGGAGAGGGUGUCGUGUUCCUUGGAAAACAGCAUGCGCGAAGCGUCUGGGAGCUUCUGAAGGCCGACCGGCACGUUGUCGCAAUGGAAGGGAACUCCGACCUCUUGCAAUUCACGACGCAGGUGGUGAAAAGCGAGGUCAAUUCGAGUGGGCACAAUUGUGAGUUCCUUGUCGUGAGGCCAACACGGGAUAAGGUGUGGAGCAAGAAGACGGAUAUGUGGUUCAAGUUGAGCGAGAGGAAGAGGAACAAGAUAUACGAUUUCUUGUUUCUUCAAACGCGUCCAAGGAGGGACACUGAUGCCGAGUACGUCCGCCGGAAGGACCACAUGUUGGCACUGCUCGACGACUACCACUUCGCCUCCCGCAUGAACGCGAAGACGUUUAUCGAAAGGCUGCAGUCGCUAUACUUUAUGGAGUCUGAGGAGCAGUUGAAGUUAGCCAGUUACACUUCCCUGAUCUCCACUGAUGACGAGAAAGCCAUAGGUGUGGAGUUUGUCGCCAACGCGAAGGAGGAGGAGAGCGACACGGAGAGCAUCGACCUGCAGUACGACAUGCCUCCGGCGGACCACGGCCGAGGGUCCUCGUCGGUCGGUCCAUCACCAAGCGCUGCAGCCCUCGUGUCACCAUUGGCCAAACCGGCGCCGGGCACCACGCCGAUGAAGUUGCUGGAGAGACUUAGAGCUCUGGCUGCCCCCCCGCCCGCUUUGCGUCCCGGUUCCGUUAUCCCGCCCGAUCAUCCGUCUUGGAAGGAUGACAACAUCCACUUCCUGCUUGAACCGCAACGUCAUUCACCUGAGCAGGAGUGGGGCCAUGACAUGGUUUGGCAUCCGGGAGUCGUCCAGCCAGCGAUACGAAAUGGUGAGUGGGUUAUGGCCGUGGCAAUCCCAGGCGCGGGAUGGGUGUCAUUCCCACGCGAGUCGAAGUCCAACUUUCUGCACCUCGCGAGGAUUUCGGUCCUCCAGAAAGUGAAGGUCGAAAAUGACACUUUAGCACUCGGCGACCUGUCCCUGAUUUCCACUGUCGGUCGACUGUUCGACGAGCUUCAGGACAAGUGCUGGUUGGAAUUGACGGAGGACUACUACGAGCUCGACACGAGUCCGUCGAAGGGCGUGGUGGACUGGAAAGUGCCCCCUCCCWRUGGGCCGGACGGUGGUUCCGGGGGGGGGHCACCUGGAAGCGGAGGGGAUGGGGGUGGCGACGYAGGGGGUGGCAAAGGAAUCCCGCCUAUGGGGGAGAGAGGGUCUCACGGCCGCAACACGACACCGGGAGGCAGCGCCGGGGUGGAGGGUUUCGCCGUCGACCGRACUCCGUCGACAGGCACCCGCCCCGAGCACACGACACACUCCGCCGACCCCCAACCUUCGUCCGUGGGCUCAGCGAGGGACACGUCGGCAGCCUUGGUUGCUCUGGGCAGUCGCUCGGACGGAAAGCCGAAGUCCGCCAGGAUCCGAACUACGUCGGGUAAGGAGCCGCCAGAGCGGUCCGGAAUGCGAAGUUGCUCGGGGUUGGGGGAUCCAAGCACGGAUCGAGAAAUUCGCAGCAUUGCGGCGCGGGACGGAGACGUCGGAACGGUGUCGCCUGAGCGUGAGCGACAGCCGCAAGGACUGCAGCGGGAAGCUGCAAGUGCAGGGAUCGUCGUGCCGUUGAGAGGGGCAGCGUGCACGGGGACAGAAGGGCGGUCCUCGCAAUUCGGGACGGGUGCCGCGGAAGGGGAAGAGUUUCGUGGGAGGGAAGUAGGGGACGAAAUGGAGGAACAGAAGAGAGCGCAAGAAGGGGAGAAAGAAAGGGAAGAAGAGGUAGAAGGGGAGGAAGCGGGAGAUACGGAGCUAAUUGAUUUGUUUGAAGGAAGGGAGGGUGUCGGGUCUGGAGAAGACGAAGUGGAACACAGUGAGGACGAUGCCGGAUCUAGAGAGUCGUCUGACGAGUUCGGACAACUGUAUGGAGAGCAUCACAAGGAUGAUGUCGACGAUGAUGCCACAGCAAUAGAGAUAGAGACACAAGUGGUCAACAGCCUUUCCGCAGAGCCUGAAGAUUAUGCGGUCCGGCCACUGACGUUUGCUAUCGACUUGCAGCACCGGUUUGACGAGGCUCCCGUGGCUAUCAGCCAGUCUGAAAAAAGUCGACGUAUAAGCAUCGACGACGUUAUCGACGGUAUCCUCGGCGACCACAACGUGUUUGCCCGUCCGUACGCAACUGCCAACGUCGCAUCUUCCGUGGCAGCUGCCCUCGCUUCGUCGCCGCCGAAGUCUCUGAUGCUGCAGGCCACCCUUGCCGCCGAAGGGGAAGGCGAGUGCGGUGGAGGACAGCAUGUGACAUCCCCAAAAAAAUCGAGGUUCGGUGGUCAGGCUCUCGACGUGCUCGCUUUGCCUGCGCCAAAUUCACCAUCGAAGGAGCGGAGAGAGAAACAGACUGGUAAGCCGUGAAGAACGCCUGCGCAUCCGGAUGUCGCCGGAAUACAGCCCGCGCUAUACACACGAUGAC